UGCUCUCCGCUGGCGGGGGAGCGGGGGUGGGGCCGCUGCCUUGGUGCCCCUGGGGGCUGGGGGUCCUGGCGGGAGACCCCCUGGCAAAAACUCCGCUGCCACCUCCUCCCGGGGCUGAGCGGAGCGAGUCCUGUUCCUCCGGGCGUUCUUGGCAAAGUCCCCGUCCCUCUGAGCUGCCCCGGGGUGCGGGAAGGAGAGGGUUAAAGGUCCCAGGGGCUGGUCACCUGUGACCCUGGCUGGUGCCCUUCCCUGCUGCAGGGGCAGACGGUGCAGUGGCGGUGCAGUGGCGGGAAGGGCCGCCCAGGACGGAGGCAGGGAGCCUGGCGUGGGCGGAGGGCGGAGCCCGCGGCCCCACCUCCACACCUCCAGAGCAGACGCGGGGCCGCCGGGGCAGGCACACGGCCCGAUGGCUCCCGACCCCAGCGGCCGCCUGGGCCUGCUGCUGCUCACCUGCUGCCUCGCGGCCGCCCGCGCCCAGCUGCUGGGCCUGGACUGGCUGUGGGCCAACAAGGCGGCCAGCCCCGCGCCCACCCUGGCCUCGGAGCCCCAGGGCCACCUUCCUGGGCAGCCUGCCACGGCCACCCGCGAUGGCCCCACAGAGCGAGGGGCAGUCCCCGCCAGCCCCGAGCCGCCCCUGGAGCUGCCGGAGGGUGGCCGGACUGGGGCCCCUGACCCCCACCCCACCACCGCGGCCGCCGUGAGCCCCGCCACGGGGGAGGAGAACAUUGCCGGCGUUGGAGCCAAGAUCCUGAACGUGGCCCAAGGCAUCCGGAGCUUCGUGCAGCUGUGGGAUGACACCACCCCCGCCCAGAGCACGGCCGGGGUGCAGACCCCAGCCCCCGAGGCCCCCCCGGGCCCCCCCACCCACCCUGGGCCCUCCAGCGCCCCCCAGGAGGACGUGACUGCAACGCUCUGGCCCAGCAGUGGUGCUCCCUGGGCUCCAGGCGCCCCCACAGCCGCGGCUGCCACGCCCCCGGCACCCACGCCAGCCGCCCCCUCCCUGGCCGGGCCCCAGGCCCCACUCGGGGGGCCCUCCGUGCCGCCGCCGCCCCCAGGUAGAGCGUCUCUCUCCUCUGCGCCGGGUGGGGCUCCUUCCCGGGGAGGCUGGCGGGCCCCCGGCUGGCCCCCGGCUCCGGACGGCAAAGGACUCUCACCUGUGGCAGCCGGUCCCGGCCAGCGGCACCCCGACGUCCCCAGGCACACGGCGCCCCUGCACCCCCUGGUGACGGGCUCCCUGGGCGCACACGCUGCUCUCUCCUCCGCCUCCCUGGGCGCACAGUGGUCUGGAACGGCACUCACGGCUUUGGUGGGGCACGGCGGGGCUUGGGCUUCCUCCGUGGCGGACCCCGUGGGGCCUGGUCCUGCUAACCGCUCUGCUCCUCCCGGCGCCGGCCGCUGCCUGCCGCUGCCGCCCUCGCUGCCCACCUGCGGCCGCCUGGGCAUCCGCCGCGCGUGGCUGCCCAACCACCUGCAGCACCGGAGCAGUGAGGAGGCACAGGCUGCCGCGCAGGCCUGGGGGGGCCUGCUCCGGACGCGCUGCCACCCCUUCCUGGCCUGGUUCUUCUGCCUGCUGCUGGCCCCCCCCUGCAGCCCGGGCCCCCCGCCCGCCCCCCCGCCCUGCCGCCAGUUCUGCGAGGCCCUGGAGGACGCCUGCUGGCGCCACCUGCGCGGCGGCCGGCUGCCCGUGGCCUGUGCCGCCCUCCCGGCCCAGGAGCACGGGGACUGCGUGUUCAUCGGGCCGGCUGCAGAGAGCGCCGGCGAGGAGGUGGGGCUGCUGCAGCUGCUCGGGGAGCCCCCGCCCCCGCACGUCGCCCAGAUCGACGACCCCGAGGUCGGGCCGGCCUACUCCUUCGGGCCGGGCGCCAACAGCGGCCAGCUGGCCCGCUACCACGUCCCCAGCCCCUUCUUCCGGGACUUCUCGCUGCUGUUCCACGUGCGGCCGGCCACGGAGGCCGCCGGGGUGCUGUUCGCCAUCACGGACACGGCACGGGCCGUGGUCCUGGUGGGCGUGAAGCUCUCGGCGGUGCGGGACGGGCACCAGGACGUCGUGCUGCUCUACACGGAGCCGGGCGCCGGCCAGACCCACACGGCCGCCAGCUUCCGCCUGCCCGCCCUGGCCGGCCGGUGGACCCGCCUCGCGCUCAGCGUGGAUGGCGGCUCUGUGGCACUCUACGUGGACUGUGAGGAGAUCCAGAGGAUGCCGCUCACGCGGUCCUCGCGGGGCCUGGAGCUGGAGCCCGGCGCCGGCCUCUUUGUGGCCCAGGCCGGAGAGGCGGACCCCGACAAGUUCCAGGGGAGGAUCGCGGAGCUGAGGGUGCGCGGGGACCCCCAGGUGAGCGCCCGGCACUGCCUGGACGAGGAGGACGAUGACGCGGACGGGGCGUCCGGGGACUUCGGCAGUGGCCUUGCGGAGACCCGGGAGCUGCUCGGGGAGGACACGGGCGCAAAGCCCGGCCUCCCCCAGCCGCCCCCGGUCACCUCCCCGCCCUUGGCUGGAGGCAGCAGCACGGAAGUUUCCAGAACAGAAGAAAUGGAAGACACCACAGCGGCUUCAUUAGGAGCGCACACCCUGCCUGGCUCAGGCCUGGUUUCCACCGUGGACGAGAGAGUCCGGGGCCCUGGGGGCUCCCAGAAGGAGGGCGGCCAGAAAGGACAGAAGGGGGAGCCGGGAGCUCCGGGCCUGCCUGGCUCCAUCGGCCCCCCAGGGCCCCCGUGCGUGAUGGGUCCCCCGGGCCCCCCGUGCCCGUCCAGCCAUGGGAGUCCGCUGGGUCCCGUGGGCCCCGGGGCACAGGGCCCGCACACGCAGCCUGUCACGGGGCCGCGGGGCCCCCAGGGGCUGCCAGGGAAGGACGGCGCCCCAGGAAGGGAUGGCCAGCCGGGCGACUCCGGCCAAGACGGCAAACCCGGCGACACUGGGCCACAGGGCUUCCCGGGGACGCCGGGAGACGUGGGCCCCAAGGGCGAGAAGGGGGAUCCCGGGGUUGGGGCAAGAGGACCCCCAGGACCCCAGGGGCCGCCGGGGCCGCCAGGACCUGCCUUCAGACACGACAGGCUGACCUUCAUCGACAUGGAGGGGUCCGGUUUCGGCGGCGACCUGGAGACCCUCCGGGGCCCGAGAGGCUUCCCUGGCCCCCCCGGGCCCCCUGGCGUCCCAGGCCUGCCCGGCGAGCCAGGCCGCUUCGGGGUGAACAGCUCCGACGUCCCAGGCCCCCCAGGCCUUCCUGGUGUGCCGGGGCGGGAAGGGCCCCCCGGAUUCCCCGGCCCCCCGGGGCCCCCGGGUGCUCCAGGCCGAGAGGGGCCGCCAGGAAGGACCGGGCAGAAAGGCGGCCUCGGUGAAGCGGGUGCCCCAGGACCCAAGGGAAGCACGGGAGACCCUGGUCCCAUGGGCGCACCCGGAGAGAACGGCUUGGCGGGAGCGCCCGGGCCAGCCGGACCGCCAGGGCCCCCCGGGCCCCCUGGGCCCCCCGGACCAGGAUUCGCGGCUGGGUUUGACGACAUGGAAGGCUCCGGGGCUCCCUUCUGGUCGACGGGUCAAGGCUCGGAUGGGCCGCAGGGACGGCCCGGCCCGCCAGGACUCAAGGGGGAUCCCGGGACGCCUGGGCCACCCGGGGCCAAGGGAGAAGUCGGGGCGGACGGGGCCCGCGGGUUCCCCGGCCUGCCCGGCAGAGAGGGCGCUGCCGGGCCCCAGGGACCGAAAGGGGACAGAGGGAGCCGGGGAGAGAAGGGCGACCCAGGGAAGGACGGAGUGGGGCAGCCCGGCCUCCCCGGGCCCCCCGGACCGCCGGGGCCCGUGGUCUACGUGUCGGAGCAGGACGGAGCCCUGCUGAGCGCGCCAGGGCCCGAGGGCAGGCCGGGCUACGCAGGCUUCCCCGGACCCGCCGGGCCCAAGGGCGACCUGGGCUCCAAGGGUGAACGAGGCUUCCCAGGACCCAAGGGAGAGAAGGGCGAACCCGGCGGCAUCUUCGGCCCCGACGGCAGCACCACGGCCCCUGCCCUGAAAGGAGCGAAGGGAGAGCCCGGCUUCCGAGGACCCCCGGGCCCAUACGGACGGCCAGGGCACAAGGGGGAGAUCGGCUUUCCUGGACGGCCGGGUCGCCCCGGGAUGAACGGACUGAAAGGAGAGAAAGGGGAGCCGGGAGAGGCCAGCCUGGCGCUGGGCACGAGGGGAAUGCCCGGCCCCCCCGGGCCUCCGGGACCCCCAGGCCCCCCGGGGACUCCUGUCUACGACAGCAACGCAUUUGUGGAGUCCGGCCGCCCUGGGCCUCCAGGACUGCCAGGGUACCAGGGGCCUCCUGGACCAAAGGGUGACAAGGGAGAAGUGGGCCCCCCCGGACCCCCAGGGCAGUUCCCGUUCGACCUGCUGCACUUAGAGGCUGAAAUGAAGGGGGAGAAAGGAGAGCGGGGAGACGCCGGACAGAAAGGAGAGAGGGGCGCGCCCGGGGGCGGCGGCUUCUUCGGCUCCAGCGUGCCGGGCCCUCCCGGCCCCCCAGGCCCUCCGGGCUACCCAGGGAUCCCGGGCGCCAAAGGAGAGACCAUCCGGGGCCCGCCCGGCCCGCCUGGACCUCAGGGACCCCCCGGCAUCGGCUACGAGGGGCGCCAGGGCCCCCCCGGCCCCCCAGGCCCGCCGGGACCCCCGUCAUUUCCCGGCCCCCACAGGCAGACCAUCAGCGUUCCCGGACCCCCCGGCCCCCCUGGGCCCCCAGGACCCCCUGGAACCACCAGUGCCUCCUCAGGGGUGAGGAUCUGGGCCACGUACCAGGCCCUGCUGGACCAGGUGCACGAGGUCCCCGAGGGCUGGCUCAUGUUCGUGGCCGAGCGGGAGGAGCUCUACGUGCGCGUCCGGAACGGGUUCCGCAAGGUCCAGCUGGAGGCCCGGACGCCGCUCCCGCGGGGCACGGACAAUGAGGUGGCCGCCCUGCAGCCCCCCGUGGUGCAGCUGCACGACAGCAACCCCUACCCCCGGCGCGAGCACCCCCACUCCACAGCGCGGCCCUGGCGGGCGGACGACAUCCUGGCCAGCCCCCCGCGCCUGCCCGCGCCCCAGCCCUACCCCGGGGCCCCGCACCACGGCUCCUACGUGCACCUCCGGCCUGCGCGCCCCACAGGGCCCCCCGCCCACACCCACCAGGACUUCCAGCCGGUGCUGCACCUGAUCGCGCUCAACAGCCCGCUGUCGGGCGGCAUGCGCGGCAUCCGCGGGGCCGACUUCCAGUGCUUCCAGCAGGCGCGGGCGGCGGGGCUGGCUGGCACCUUCCGGGCCUUCCUGUCCUCGCGGCUGCAGGACCUCUAUAGCAUCGUGCGCCGCGCCGACCGCGCCGCCGUGCCCGUCGUCAACCUCAAGGAUGAGGAGCUGUUCCCCAGCUGGGAGGCCCUGUUCUCCGGCUCCCAGGCCCAGCUGAGGCCGGGGGCCCGCAUCCUCUCCUUCGAUGGCAAGGACGUCCUGAGACACCCGGCCUGGCCCCAGAAGAGCGUGUGGCACGGCUCGGACCCCAGCGGGCGCCGGCUGACCGAGAGCUACUGCGAGACGUGGCGGACGGAGGCGCCCGAGGCCACGGGCCAGGCCUCCUCGCUGCUGGCGGGCAGGCUGCUGGGCCAGCAGGCCGCGAGCUGCCGCGCCGCCUACGCCGUGCUGUGCAUCGAGAACAGCUUCGUGAGCGGCUCCCAGUAGGCCCGGUGCCCGGGCGCGGGGGCCGGAGGGGACAGACUGGUGGCAGGGCCGGCGGAAGCCCCCAGCUCGGACAGGGACGCCCGGCCGCACCCCGGGGGGGCUGGCUGCGGCUCCCUGCGUAGUUCACGUUUCAUGUAAUCCUCGAGAAAUAAAAGGAAGCCAAAGAGUGUAUUUUUAAAAAAA